GCGCCGCGCGCGCCCGCCCGGCGCUCCUGCCCUUGGCGGACGCUGUGCCCAGGAGCCCGGGGCAGACGGCCGGCAGCGGCGAGAGCGGCUCCCAUGCGGCAGCCGCAGGGCGAGGGGCCGCAGGCGCAGGUGAGACAGCGACAUGGGGCAGGCGGGCUGCAAAGGGCUCUCCCAGGCGCUGUUCGACUACAAGACCGAGAAGUAUGUCAUCGCCAAGAACAAGAAGGUGGGCCUGCUCUACCGGCUGCUGCAGGUCUCCAUCCUGACCUACCUGGUGGUUUGGGUGUUCCUGGUAAAGAAGGGUUACCAAGACACUGACACCUCCCUGCAGAGCAGCAUUGUCACCAAAGUCAAAGGUGUGACCUUCACCAACACGACUGAGCUCGGGGAGCGGCUUUGGGAUGUUGCUGACUACGUCAUCCCACCCCAGGGAGAGAAUGUCUUCUUCGUAAUCACCAACUUGAUCGUGACCCCCAACCAGCGGCAGGAGACCUGUGCUGAGAGUGAAAGCAUUCCGGAUGCCUGGUGCUAUACGGACAGUGACUGCCCUCCUGGGGAGCCAGUUGUGGCUGGAAACGGAGUGAAGACUGGCCGCUGCCUGCGGGUGGGGAACAUGCAAAGGGGCACCUGUGAGAUCUUCGCUUGGUGCCCAGUGGAGACAAAGUCUAGGCCAGUGAAACCACUCCUGGGCAAGGCUGAAGACUUCACUGUUUACAUAAAGAAUUUCAUUCGUUUCCCCAAAUUCAACUUUUCCAAGACCAAUGUGCUGGACACCAAAGACAAAGCUUUCCUCAAAUCCUGUCAGUUUGGCCCCAAGAACCCCUACUGCCCUAUCUUCCGCCUGGGGUCCAUGGUCAGCUGGACGGGGAGUGACUUCCAGGAGAUAGCCCAGCAGGGUGGUGUGAUAGGAAUUCAGAUUGAAUGGGAUUGUGAUCUUGAUAAAGCUCCUUCUGAAUGCAACCCUCACUAUUCUUUUAGCCGUCUGGACAACACAUUUUCAGGAAACUCAAUCUCCUCUGGGUACAACUUCAGGUUUGCCAGAUAUUACCGAGAUGGAGCUGGAGUGGAGUUCCGCACGCUGAUGAAAGCCUAUGGGAUCCGCUUUGAUGUGAUGGUAAAUGGCAAGGCAGGGAAGUUCAGCAUCAUCCCCACAAUCAUCAACAUUGGCUCUGGGGUGGCGCUCAUGGGUGCUGGGGCUUUCUUCUGUGACCUGGUACUAAUCUACCUCAUCAAGAAGAGCCAGUUUUACCGAGACAAGAAGUACGAGGAAGUGAGAAUCCUACAGGUCCUCCCGGGGCUUGCAGAGUCCUCGCAGCAGGGUGGGAUCCCAGAGGCAGAGGAAGCGGAGCAUCCAGAGGCGCAGCCCAGAGGCAGUAGCCAGAAGGGGAACAGCUGCAGGUACCAACAGCAUCUGGAGCCCACCAGGUCUAGCCACCUGGGCAAUGGAAAAGUGCAUAUGGAGCAGCUACAGAACCUGCGGACAGCGGAGGCAUAGCCAGAGCUGCUGGUUGACAGCAGAUUUGGUGAAGAUGUUGGGGCAGAACAGCUUGUGGCUCUGAAGUAAAAAUUGUGUUUGCAUGGACAGGUGCUUCCAGGCACAGCCAUCUCUUCUGCACCUCAGGAUCCUGCUACGAGCUUUUUGUUGUGUGUGUUGUAUGUGUGGCGGGGAACCUGCUAGGGGCCAGAGUGGCUCAGAUCUAGAAGAGAAGGCUUUGGAGAAGCAAGUGGGGGAAGGCCAGAGGCCUGGGUGGUAUUCGAGUGUUUUCAUUUUUCUAAGAACCUAGUUGAUUCAUCACACAAUAAACAUUAUUUGCUGUGGGCUGUGCCCUAUCCAAGAGAUGCUUAAAUGAGAUGCUGACCUGGCCCUCAGGGACGGGAGCACACAUGGAAUUCCCUCCAGAGCCAAUAGACCUCACAGCCAGGCCCAGCUCCUCUGGCCUUCCUACAACCUCUAGCUGAGACUUCACAAAUUCCUGUUGAGAAUGGCGGCUCCUCAGAGAAAGACUUUAGCCAACAUCCAAGGGGGAUAUUUGGCUUUGCCCUCAGGGAUGAAAUUUAAAGGUGGCCAAGGAGGCAACCAGGAAAGGACUGGAUGUGCAAGGAGGCAGCUGGCCCUUGAGAGAGGCAGCCCCUGAGAACUUCCAGCUAAGGUGGGGAAGGGGAGGCACAGAGGCCUCUACUCCAGUCCACCCACCCACCCAGCCUCAGGAAGCUUUGAGCAUAGUGUCUCACCCAAAUGGGAGAUGAUCUGCCUGUGUCAUUUGUCUCUUGCCGUUCCAUGCGGCUGGGUGUCCCUACCUGGCUUCCCUCCCUCUCUCCGCAAAGCCUGGGUCUGAAGGGCUAAUGAGAUAUAAUAGGUGAUGCUCACUUGGCUGGUGGAAGCAGUUGUCAACAGGGAGGCCCAAACUGUCAGGGGGCCUGGCCCCUCACCCAGACUUUCCUACCCCCCCUUACUCUAUCCCACCCCACCCUGCAGAAUGGUGCUGCUUCCCCCCCUAGUGGCUGCAGAGCCUCACUACUUCACGUGUGGCCUGUGGACUGGCGAUAUGGGCAUCACCUGGGAACUUGUUGGAAAUGCAGUCGCUGCCCCAUCCAAAUCAGAACCUGUGUUUCAACAAGACUCCUAGGUGACUGUUGUGAACAUUGUUGUUUGAGAGCACUGGUUAAGGAGAUAAGCAAAGCCUGGCUCCAAGGAAGGAAGAGGCCAGCUUUUGUAGGUGCUGCCAAUUUCUAGGUCAGACAGAGCAAGAAGAUUCCACCCCACCACCACCCCCAGGAAAGGGGCAAGCUCAAUGUAUUUGAAUUAAAAUAUUUUGACUAGAUAAUUUAUGUUAAAAGAUUAUAGACAGUGAAAAGCUUCCUUCCCACCCGUUCAGAGGCAACUUGUGUUACCAAUUCCAAGAGGCUCUCCUGUUUUGCUGACAACCUACCGCGUUACUUGUGCCCUUACUCAGGAAAUGAAAAGUUCUUUUCCUGAUGUCUGCAACACCAGACCAAGUCUCCUGUCAGAAAGGGACACGGUGGAGUACACUUAGGUACUGGGCUGAGGGGGGGGGGGGGUCGUUCACUUCUCCCUCUCCCAGUAUCUGAGGAGUCCCUAUGUAAACCCAAGGGGAGAGACGUAGAACUCAUCACUCACCAUUGUCUGAUGGCUCAGUAGCCAAGGCUUGCGUGCUGCCUCUGGCCCAAAAAGACCCAGUGUUUGGUUUGCACAGACCCUGGCCUAAUGCCACCUACCUGGUAUGUUCCUAAUGAUUAAUUCCAUGCCUUGGGAGUGCCAUGAUGCUGGCCAAUGGGAUUUGUAAACUGAGUGCUAUCAAGGGGACCAGCCACGAAAGAGCUAAGUGCCCUCUACCCCUGUUGUAGGGGUCACCGGGACUAACUAGUCACGGCUGCCUUUGUGCCCCAACGCCUCAUCAGUUCUUCCUUUCUCAGUGCUGUAAAGGGGGAACAGGAUUUCCUCCAGGUGUCUGAGUACCCCAGCUAAGGACAACAGUGUCCUGCAGAGUCCCUAAAUCACCCCACUUGGAAUGGCAUCUUGCAUGUCUGAAAAAGGGCUCCACUUGAUUGCAGCCCACCCUCCUCCACCCAGAUGAUGCAGCUCCCCUCAAGAGCAUUUUCUCCAGGGACUCUUCAAAAGGCACACCUUUCUCCCAGCUGUUUGUUUCCCCUUAAGCCGAAGUGCACAGACUCAAAGGAGGAAAGAUGGCAACACUGUCUGGGACCUGCCUUAUAAAUGUAUUUUUAUUUGGCUAUAAAACAAUAAAAGGUUUUAACUUGAAAACUA